UCAUUUUCCAAGGUUAAAUAUUCAAAAUCCGAUUAGUCCAAGGCCUAUCUGAGGUAAUCCCGGUACAAGGUUACUGAAUUUCCUGUCCAGCUUGGGAAGCUGCCUGUCCUUGUGACCCAGCCUCCCACUAGCCUGCAAGGUACCCCGAGGUACCCAGCCAACCGUGGUGGCGCAACCAUAACCUGCCUAAACCGCACUAUCGUCCCCAUCCGAGUGCGGCAAGAGCUCCCACUAUCUCUCCCGUUUCAGUUAUUACGCGCGGUCCCUUCCCUUUCCGGCCUUAUUUUAUCUUACCUCUACCUCUCUUCCUGUUCCUCUGUCAUCACCAUCUCUCUCCUCCACCCACUUAUCAUCUACCCUAUCGCAGUCGUUGUCGUGUCUGACAGCAUCUCAAUUUAUUCCCCGUAUUGCACUGACGCAGUGGCAAUUGCAGCCGUAGUCGAUCCAUCAUGAGGAUCCCCGCCGUGUCGACGGUGCUUCUUGGAGCUGCCUCGGCAGCCUCGUUCCAGCAGCAAGUUCUGUCGGAUGACAUCGCCGGCGUGCCCGACACAAUCAAGACACUUGCCGACGCAUUCGCCGAGACCAAGGCCAGCCCGCUCGAGAGCAUCGAGGAUGCCUUCCGCGGCAUGAACUCCCAGGCCAAGGCGCUGUGGGACGAGAUCAAGCUGCUCGUCCCCGAGGGCGCCUUUGACCGCAGCUCUUGGCUCAGCCAACCCAAGCCCCAUCGUCGCCGCCACGACUGGGACCACACCGUCAAGGGUGCUGAGGUGCAGAAGCUGUGGGUGCAGGACGCCGACGGCGAAAGCCACCGCCAGGUUGAUGGCCGCCUCGAAGACUUCAAUCUCCGCGUCAAGUCGGUCGAUCCCUCCAAGCUCGGCAUCGACUCGGUCAAGCAGUUCAGCGGCUAUCUCGAUGACGAGGCCAAUGACAAGCACUUAUUCUAUUGGUUCUUCGAGUCCCGCAACGACCCCAAGAACGACCCCGUGGUUCUGUGGCUCAAUGGCGGCCCAGGCUGCUCCUCUCUCACGGGCCUCUUCCUCGAGCUUGGACCUGCCUCGCUUGACAAGAAGCUCAAGAUCAUCAACAACGAAUUUGCCUGGAACAACAACGCUAGUGUGAUAUUCCUCGACCAGCCCGUCAACGUCGGCUACUCGUACUCUGGCUCCGCGGUCAGCAACACUGUCGCUGCAGGCAAGGACGUCUAUGCUCUCUUGACCCUCUUCUUCCACCAAUUCCCCGAAUAUGCCAAGCAGGACUUCCACAUCGCUGGCGAGUCGUAUGCCGGCCACUACAUUCCCGUAUUUGCCUCGGAGAUCCUGUCUCACAAGAACCGCAACAUCAACCUGAAGACGGUCCUGAUUGGCAAUGGCUUGACCGAUGGCCUUACCCAGUAUGAACACUAUCGUCCUAUGGCUUGCGGCAAGGGUGGUUGGCCCGCCGUCCUCGACGAGGGCGAGUGCCAGAGCAUGGAUAACGCUCUUCCCCGCUGCCAGUCCCUGAUCCAGAACUGCUACGAUAGCGGUAGUGUGUGGAGCUGCGUCCCUGCGUCCAUCUAUUGCAACAACGCGUUGAUUGGCCCCUACCAGCGCACUGGUCAGAACGUCUACGACGUCCGCAGCAAGUGCGAGGACAGUAGCAACCUCUGCUACAGUGCCUUGGGCUGGAUCAGCGAGUACCUCAACCAGCAGUCCGUCAUGGAUGCCCUCGGUGUUGAGGUCUCGAGCUACGAGAGCUGCAACUUUGACAUCAACCGUAACUUCUUGUUCCAGGGCGACUGGAUGCAGCCAUUCCAUCGUCUUGUGCCCGGCAUCCUUAAGGAGAUCCCCGUCCUCAUCUAUGCUGGUGACGCUGAUUACAUCUGCAACUGGCUCGGCAACCAGGCCUGGACUGAGGCGCUCGAGUGGCCCGGAAAGAAGGGGUUUAACAAGGCCUCGAUCAAGGACUUGACCCUUGAUGGGGCUGACAAAGAGUACGGCAAAGUGAAGGCCGCCGGCAAUUUUACCUUCAUGCGCAUCUACGCGGCUGGCCACAUGGUUCCCAUGGAUCAGCCCGAGAACUCGCUUGACUUCCUGAACCGGUGGUUGGGUGGUGAGUGGAUCGAGAACUAAGGUAUUUCUGUCUUUGUACAGAACGGGCAUGGAUAUACUACACAUUUUAUGGUUGGGUCAUGAAUAAUCUUUCCGGUAUUUCCUUGUUUCAGACAGUGCCCUUCGCCCUUGUUUCUUCUUGCUUCUUGCUAGUCGAGUAGAUUGAAAUUCUAGGAUGGUUUUCCUUCCACAGACACAUACAAAGUCGUAAACGGAACAUGGCGGUUUGGGAGGUCAGCGGUCUUGUACACGAGCUUUUCUUUUCUAUUGCUGUGACGAUUAUUCAGUAGUAAUAGUACAUACUACCAACAUAUUUCGUA